UCAGUUUUUGUAUAAAUGUGAUAAAAAAUUUGCUGAGUUUACGUGGUGCUUUGUUAACGAACAAAUACCGAAUUAUGUUAGCAAUAUUUUUUUUAGUGUUAAAUUUAUAUUUCGUGGUUUCUGGUCCUGUCCUAGAAACGGACAGCACAUGCACAUCGCCUUGCAAAGCCAUCGAUAACGAAAAAAUAAAUGUCCAUCUUGUGCCACACUCUCAUGAUGAUGUCGGUUGGCUAAAAACGUACGAGGAAUAUUAUCAGGGAACUGGACAAUUUAACAGUUACGAAAAUGCCGGAGUGCAGUAUAUCCUUGACUCAACCAUUGAGGCGUUAGAUCUCAACUCUGAACGAAGAUUUAUCCAAGUCGAAACUGCAUUCUUCUGGAGAUGGUGGAACGACCAAACCAACCAAACCCGAAACAAAGUCAGAAAGUUAGUCAACAAUGGACAAUUAGAAAUGAUCAAUGGAGCUUGGUCCAUGAACGACGAAGCAGCAGCUCAUUACCAAUCAAUUAUCGAUCAGUUCACUUGGGGUUUCAGGAUUUUAGACGAUACUGUUGGCGAAUGCGGGAAACCUAAAAUUGGGUGGCAAAUUGACCCUUUUGGUCACAGCCGUGAACAUGCUUCAAUAAUGAAACAGUUGGGUUUUGAAGGGUUGGUCAUUGGGCGUCUAGAUUACAGAGAUAAAGGCAAGAGAAUCGCUGAAAAGAAUUUAGAUUUUAUGUGGAACACUAACGAUAAUUUCGACGAUGCCAAACUAUUUACUACAAUGUUUCCCGAUUUCUACGUGAGCGAAAGUGGGUUCUGUUUUGAUGUCACGUGCUACAGAGGAACUAACAUUACUGAUGAUAACAUUGACGAAAAGGUCAAAGAAUUUGCCGAGAGAAUGGAUACGUAUAAAGAAUACUACCAAACUAAAAAUAUUCUGUUACCCAUGGGUGGGGACUUUACGUUUCAAAAAGCUGAAAUUAAUUUUGCAAACAUAGAUAAACUGAUCGAAGGUUUCAAAAAUCAUGAAAAAUACAACGUUUUGUACUCCACACCUUCUUGCUACAUCCAAGCUGUUAAAGCCGAAGUUGACAAGAAUAAAAUAACACUGAAGGAAAAAUCCGACGAUUUCUUCCCCUACGCCUCCGAUUCCCACUCCUUCUGGACGGGUUACUUUACCUCACGUCCAGCUUCAAAAAGAUUCGAACGCAUUGGUAACAACUUACUUCAAAGCGCCAAACAACUUACAACUUUUUCGCGAAUUAAUGGCAAUGACGAUGAUAAAAACAUCCUUAAACUGAGAAUGGCAAUGGGUGUCAUGCAACAUCAUGAUGCCAUCACAGGCACUGAAAAACAAGCAGUUACCGAUGACUACAGCCUUCAGCUAGAUGGGGCGAUCAAAGAAGCGCAAAAACCUCUCAGUAAUAUAAUUCGUGAUCUUUUAAAAAAGAAAGAGGACGUCAGUGUUGACCUGAAACUGACGACUUGUCUCUUGUCAAAUAUUAGUAUUUGCGACACCACACAGAACAAGGAUCGGUUUUUGGUCGCUGUCCAAAAUCCACUUGCCAAAACUGUAUCCCAUUACGUACGGCUUCCAGUUAAUGGAGACAAUUACAAAAUCACAGGACCAGACGAUGAGGAGAUUAAAUACGAUUUGUUGGACACUAUGUACGAUUUUAGUUUGAUCAAUGGUGGCGAUCAUGCCACAAAAGAGUUGGUUUUCCAAGCUGUUGAUUUGCCACCAUUGGGUGUAAAACUGUUCUAUGUUGAAAAAAUUGAUGGGACUUCGAAGUCGUACCACAAAUUUGAAGAAAUCACAACUGAUCGCUCAUUUGGGGACAAGAGCAAUGGUUUUACAGUCGAUGACAAAGGAAAAUUAACUACGAUUACAAUUAAUGGGCAAGUGUUGGACAUAGCCCAGGACUUUUACUUUUAUCAUGGUUCUGCUGGUUCUUCUGCUAGCGCCUCCACUAGGGCAUCCGGUGCAUACAUUUUUCGACCAGACGGUGAUGCUGUCCAAGUAACACCAAAGUUAAAAGUACAAGAGUUUGCCAAAGGUGGACUUGUUGACGAGGUUCGACAAGUGUACAACGAUGAAAUCACCCAAAUUAUAAGAGUGUAUAAAGGAAAAGACGACAGUUAUAUCGAAUUUGAUUGGCUGGUGGGAAACCUUCAACGCGAUGACAAGGGAAAAGAAGUGAUCACAAAAUUUACAAGUACUGUAAAAAACAACGGCAUUUUUUAUACCGAUGCCAACGGGCGACAACAAAUCCAAAGACAAAGGAACAAGAGAAGCGAUUACGAUUAUGACCCCAGUGAAGAACCAGUUUCUAGCAACUAUUACCCCAUCACUUCUAAAAUUGUGAUCAAGGACGAGACACAAAAAUUGCAAGUUGCUGUUUUGAAUGAUCGUGCCCAAGGUGGUGGUAGUCUGGAAGAUGGGGAAAUUGAACUGAUGGUGCACCGAAGAGACAGAAGUGACGAUGGAUUUGGUGUUAACGAAGUACUGGAUGAGGUACAGUUCGGGAAAGGACUCUACGUUCGUGGACAACAUUACCUAACACUGGGAAAAACUGAUGGUUCAGGAGCUGUUUUCGAACGAGAUUUGGCGCACAAGAAACUACUCUCACCUCUUAUUUUAGUGGGAGAUGCGACCACUGAUGAACUAGCACUUGACAAAUUGAAGGAACAAUUCAAUUUUAAAUUUGAAGGACUGAAAACAUCGCUUCCUGGUAAUGUCCAACUGUUGACUUUGGAGCCGUGGAAAAACAGUUACAUCAUGCGAUUGGAACACAUUUUUGAAAAAAACGAGGACACUGAAAUGUCCAAAGAGGUCACAGUUGAUCUUAAUGAUCUUUUCACACUGUUUAAAAUUACGGAGCUUACACCAGUAACUUUAGGCGCUAAUAAAAAAAUUGAAACCAAAAGUAAUUUUAUAACACGUCUCACAAGAGCUUUGAGACUUAGCGACAAUGCUGAUCUUAAAAUGACUCUGAAGCCAAUGGAAAUUAAAACUUUUAUUUUCACGACUGAUAAGAACAAUGACGGGGGUGAAGAUAACGGAAUUAUUGAUGGUAAAGAUGAUAACAAUAAUAGUCAAGCUUUGAGGGCCACCUCAGUGUUGGUUAUCUUAAUGUCGGCUCUUUAUAUGCUUUUGUAAAUAAGCUUAAUCCUGUAACUUUAGAAUGAUUGUAAUAAAUGCACUAUGUACUUGGCAA